AUGGGAAAUUCAUUAACAGCAAAGCAUGUCAUCGAGAAAUAUUCUCUCAAUAAUAUCAUGGAGCACUUAUAUAAUAAAACAUUCAAAUAUCAUCAGUUACAAGCCAAUACAACGGAUGAUCCAAAUUCACACUUUCAACUGGGAUACAUCUACCAUCGUGGCUUAGGAUCAAUUCCACAAAAUCUUGAAAAAGCUUUCUACCAUUACCAAAUUGCAGCCCAUUAUAAUCAUCCUACGGCUCAAUAUAUCUUAGCUGAAUUUUGUAAAAUUCGUGAUGGUGAAGAAGAAGAUGAAGAAAGUGAACGAAGUGGAGUCUUAGCUACUGAUAGUAUCGAACUAAUUCGAUUAAAAGCUUCUAUGUACAUUAAAUCGGCUGCUCGUGGUGAAUUAUAUUCCAAUGCGGCACGCGAAUUAUGGCAACUGUAUAAUAAUUCAACCAUGUGGUAUAAUAUUGUCAACGAAAUACGCAAUACUUACAUGGAUAUUAUAUGCGAUAGCACUUACCAUGUCAAAAGUGAUGAAGUACAACGGCGUUCACUGGCUGAAAUUUAUAACCAAUUAGGUUAUUUAGCCGCCCAUUUUAAAUUAGAUCGCAUGGAAGAUGAUUAUCAACAUGCUCUACAAUAUUAUAAGACAGCAGGUCGAUUAGGCAGUGCAUCCAGUUAUUAUAACAUUGCUUGUAUGUAUCAUGAUGGCCAUGGUGUAGUGGCGAAUAAAUCCACUGCUUUACACUAUUAUAAAAAAGCCAGUAAAAAUGGUCAUGCACUUUCGCAAUUUAUUGUCGCUGAAUUAUUACUCAGUACUAUUGAAGCUGGUCAAGAAAUGGAAUCAGCUAGAGCUUGCUAUUAUUAUUUACAAUCGUCAAGGUAUAGCUUUGCAUCCACAUUACUCAAUUUAGGCUAUAUCUUCCUACAUGGGAUUGCUGGUAUGAAACAAAGUUAUACAGUUGCUUUGCAAUAUUUUGAAGAAGCAGCUGUUGCUGUUGAUUUCUGCAAUCGUAAAAGUAAUCAUUGGGCAUUGCAUGAAAUUGCUUAUAUGCACGAGCAUGGAUUAGGUACUGAGACGAAUUAUAAACUUGCUGCUGCUUAUUACGCUGAAGCAGCUCAAUAUAAGUACCAUGAAUCGGUCAAUAAAUUAGCUAAAUUAUUGGAGAAGAAAAAAUUACCUGAUGCAACGUUAGAAAUGGCCAUCCAGCUCUACCAAGCCACUUCAACGGAAGGUGAACAUGCUGCAGCUUAUGCUCAUUAUCGUUUAGGUAAAAUUUACUGGAAUAACUUGGUUAAUGAUUCACCGUUGAAAAAUCGUGUUACAGCAAAUAAAUAUUUUACUGCUGCUCUGCAAUAUUAUAACGAUGCUAUUGUUAAAGCCCCUCUACCUGGCCAUCUCUAUCAUUUGGCCAUAAUGUACGAAAAUGGCUUAGGAGUUAAAAAAGAUUUACAAAUUGCAAUACGAUAUUACAACAGAGCUGUCGAUGAAUCGGUCAAAACUUUCAAUAUAUUCGACAAGCAUUAUGGCCAUAAAGCUGAAGUAAAGCUACAAAAAGUCGAUCAAAGUACACUUGACCAACGCCAUCCUCGAAUGGGCGAUUUAAAUACUCAAUUACCCAUCGUAUCUCCAAACAAAGAUGAAGGAAAUCGAUUUAACGGACUAUCGCCUUCUUCCUCUCUCCAUAGCGAAUCGGUUGACAAUCAAAUCGAUAUGUUGCAGCACCACAAACAACUGCCGGAAUUAAACUAUAAUUCAGAUUCUGAUGAAGACCUUUUAGGCGACGUUGAUUCUGAUAAUGAAUUAAAAGAUAUCCUAGAAAGCGAAGAAUCGAAACUGGAAAAGCGAUUAUCACUUGUCCGUAAGACAUUCCAGUUAAUGAAAUUUAAAGAUUUGAGUCAAAAUCAUAAUGGUCUUGAUGAAUUAGCUACAAAAGAUGCCGAGAUGCCAGCAUUAGAAAUUUCAACUCCACAAGGAAAAGAUAAGAUUUCCUACAAAGAUAUCCAAAUUCAUCACGCGGUGAAGAAAAUUAUUCAAUUAGAAAGUAGACUUGAUAAAUUAACUCAACAGUUUAACACCAUGCAAGAGCUACUAACAGUAAAUAAAGAUAAUAAUAGUAAUACUACUUUCUAA